CAUCACCACUUCAACAGCUCGCCGUAUACACCAGCAGAAACGGUUGCAAAAUCGCAAAAUACCAUGGUUAAUAAGGCAAACUGCACCGUCAAGCACGAUAUUGGCCAUGGCGAACAGCCAUGCACGGGUCCUCUGGACUCUGCGGGUCAGUCAUCUACGCCACCCUUCGAUGAAGAGCCCUACGACACUUUUCAGCACAAGAUCGUGCAGCUCUGCUCUGAUCGAUUCAAAUUCCACAAUGUUACCACCGAGUACAUGCAUGGGGGUAGCUCUCAUCGCGUCAUAGGCUUCACGGUUCGACCGUCUGCGUCACAGAAAGGCCAAUCACGACCAAAGAAGCACAAAUGGUUUGCAAAAGACAAGAUACCAUUCCGCUCCAUCGUCCGGCAAUUUCUUACCAACGACCCAAAACCUAUUCAAUACGUUUGCCGCAUCGAGCGAUCACGUGACACCAACUACAACAUCCUACAUGAUGACACCACUCUCAGCCUCAUCUGUGGCAAUACGAAAUUGCCGGUACCCGAGGUUCUUGGUGGCGAUAAUACCAAAAACAAUGUUCUAGGCAGCCCCUAUGUGGUACAUGGGCGACUACCUGGAAGGAAACUAUCUUCUAUCUGGGGUGGUCUCACACCUGCUCACCGAACUCAGGCCCUUCAAGAAGUUAUGCAAAUCACUAAAAGCCUUCACGCAAUGCAGAGCGACCGUGGAGGUGUCCUCCGUCCAUGUUCCGGUGACCUGAAGCUAGAGCAAUAUCUCAUCGAUCGGAUCGACAAAUUCGAUAUCAGUCACCCUUCUCACACUCCCGAGCUGAGCACAUUCUCGACGUUCAGCACUCCGCAAACCACAUUCACCUUUUUGUUGGAUUUGGUCAAUCGCCGUAUAGAUGACUGGAAGCGCGAAUAUAUUGAACCUGAGUAUUGGUUGCUGCGCAAGAUCAUCCACGCCCUUCACGCACGCGGAUUGAUCCCUGAUAGCGAGCAGUUCCAUUUCGUUCACUCCGGUCUUUACCCGCACAACAUGCUCGUCGAGACCCCUAGUAAAUCUUCGCUCCAUGUUUCAGGUAUACUUGGUUGCGAUGCCGAAUAUGCUUUCUUUGCUCCUAGAUUCUAUGCCUAUCGACCGCCUUGGUACUUUUGGUGUAAGGGAAAGACGUCUAGUAACGACAAAUCUUAUGAGUCAGUGGAAGAGGAGGCCUUACUCGCACCCACUGACCCGGAAUCCAAGCGCCUUAAGGAUCUCUUCGUAAGCGAGGCAGGAGCGGAGUGGAUGCGCUAUGCAUUCACACCUGAAUACAUUGUUGCGCGGCGAUUGGUCGAUUUUCUGCGACUCCCCCGGUUUCGAGACCAAGACUGGGAGGAGGCCAAGGGUAUUGUGGAUUCAUGGGCAAAAUUACAUCCGGACGAUGACUUGACGCUUGACAAAGACUACUACGCGCGCAUUGAUACACCACGUCGACGAGCAGCCCCUUCAACGGGAGAACAGGACGAUUCGGAUGACGAUCACGCAAACGACGAUAGCGACCAAGAUAAGAAGAAUGUGGACGAUGUUCACAACGACCGUGAGAAAGGAGAUCGAAUUAAUAUGAACAGAAAUCAUGCAUGCGGCGGUAAAGCGAGCAACAAGGUCGACAAAGGUAAAGGGAAAACCAAGGUCGGUGAAGGCAAAGGGGACACCAAGAUUGACAAAGACAAAGUGCGAAAAAUACAACAAUCGUUAUUGUCAGAAAGGUACUCGCGUAACGGUUCUUCUCGCUUCCCCAAAGCAUUAUACGAUGCUCAACAGGCCUGUCCCAUACAUGGAUUUCAUGCCUGUAAACUGAUCGAGACUAAGGAGCCUUUGCAGCGGUAUCGGAUCAGACCUUGGACACGGCGUAGCUCAGGAACCUUCGAAUGCUUCAAAUGUGGUCGUUGUUCUCCUAAACCACAGGAAGACGAAGUCGCUACAUCUUCGGCUACAUGUUCUUGCCGUCUUCAAGAUACUGGAUGGGCCAAGCAUUGCUCAGAACCCCCACCUUUGGACCCUCAAGUGAAACGUUUCCUUGGGCGUAGGGGAAUUUUUGUUUUGCUACAUCGUUUACAUUGCGGCGCUGGAAGGCUGUCUGAUCGUGUCAACCGCUGGACCCACCUUCCCAGCAACCAGUUGACAACAAUUCAACCACAGGCUCAACUACGACGACUUGCACAACUCACGAUGGACUCAGAAAAUUCAACAGCCCCACCGUCUGUCGAGAUUGUUCAACUCUUUGGGCGACUCCCUCCCGAGCUCUUUCUCCUAGUCCUGGACCAACUCGUCAGCACUUUCGAUGGCAUAGAGCCCAUCGCGUACGCACCCUCGUCAGCCACAACUCGCGCCCUCCGCGCUCUGACACUCGUCUCGCGAAUUAGCUACCUACUCGCCUCCCCCUACCUCUACAGGUCAUGCAUUUACCUCGACACCUGCACCAAUUUCACGCGAUUCCGCCGCACCAUGUGCCUGCCCGUGAGCAUACACCACCCCCAAUCUCUCGCUUACGGCGAAGCGGGUCUGAAUCGAUUUCUCUUCCAGGCUGCAGAUAUACCCAAACGUAUCACCUCAGUCUUCAUCUCGCCAACCAAGGCGGAUAGCUGCAAAGCACGCGGCACACCAUUGGUCAGCCUCCCGGAAAUCAUCGAUCUCGGCCGCGCGAUUGGAUCAAACCUUACCCGCCUCGCCUUGGAUAUGCAACCAAUCGCCAACAGCAACUCUAAUUACUACAAUGCCUACCUUCUCCCGUCCAAGAACAUAUUCCUGGAUAUGAAGAACUUGGUGGAGCUAGUAACUAGCGGUGACGUGGUCUAUGAUUUUCCAGACCCACCGCCGAACCUGAAGAAACUGGCAAUCACUUCCGGGAAUCUAGUAGACGGGUUCGGUGUGCGCCACUUCUGCUUCUCCAUUCCUUCGCUAGAGACUUUGGUGUGUAUGCGACCAUUUUUUCUUGAUGCGAGCCAGAUCGAUCGGGUGUUUGACCUGUACAAGGGGAAGAUGUUGGAUGUGCUGUUCGUCGAGAUCAAUCCGUUUAACAAAGCGCCCCCCGGCAUCCGCACGUGGGAUGAUGAGACAGAUAAGGUUAGGUUGUGGGAGAUUGACGUGCCCGGAACGGCCUCCAUGGUUUCUUAUGAUCAUAUUGCGCUUUCUAGUCAGUUCAUCUUUUCGGAAGGUGUCGCCGGGUCCUUAUGGGAUUUUCCGAAGAGGAGGAUGAACGAAGGUGGAGAAUUCAAUGGAACCUCCCAUGAUGCCCUUAUCAUCCACACUUUGCCAGCCACGACCUUGUGCACAAAUUAUCUUGUUCCUUCUGCCUGCGUUCUUACGAAAAUUCGUUUUGUUCUUUUUUCACUGUGCUGUGCCAAACCUGAACAAUUCUCUUAGGCUCAACUAUCUAUGCAAAUUCAAAUUUUACAAUUCAAAAUCAACAAGCCACAUAUUCCAAUUCUGCCCCUUUCCGCUUCUCCGCUGCUGAGAGAACUUACCUAUGAGCUCCUUCUGCUCUGUCAAACAGCCCACGAAUUAUUUCACUCUAGUGCGGGAACUGCGCUAUAUCUUGUGGACCAUUUGGAUGACACGGUAUUGAUCUACAGUUCCGGGCAAAACAACCCGUGUUCCGUGCUUAUCAGUAUCGCUGAGAACAUGAUCCAUUUCAGUGCGGGCUGUUUCGUGGGAGUAAUCCAUCAUCGGCU